AUGAAUGUGAGUUUAUUUUUUACUGUAUUUUACAGUACCCUUUCUGUACUUUUGAGAUUUGAUGCUGUUGAUACUAAAAAUUGUACUUUAAUGGUACUUUUGGUACUUGGACCGGCUAAAGGUUGGCAAUGUAAAACUUUUUGAAGCUUUUUUAAAAUUCUUAAAAUGCUUUUUUAAUUUUUUUUGUUUUUUCAGGAUCUCCUCAUUCUUGUCUACGCAGAGUUUUUUUUGACAUGCCUUGCAACGCUGGGCCAUCUCACAUCAGGCUGUGGCAAGAAAAAACCUCCUCCAGCACCGGCUUCACAACAAGGCGCUCCACCACCUGCCGCGGCUGGGGCUGCUGCAAAGUCGGCUAGCAAAGCUCCUGGUAAGAUAGUUUGUUUUUUGGUUAAAGUAAGGUAAAAGGGUUGGUAGUUUUGUCACUACCUUACCCUUGCCUACCUUACUCUUUCUAGACAUGAGGAAUGGGCCGAUCAAAAUUUUGCUCAGGCCCGGCUCGGUACAAAUUUUUUUUUGUGAAAACGGGCCGGGCCUUGAUUUUCAGUCUUGCUCCUUAUUUCUAAUUCUUUCCUAUUUUAAAUGCCGUACUUUUGAGUCUAAUAUUAUUAGUUAUUUUGACGAUUUUUUGGGAGUUUUGUCCAAAAUUUUGGAUUUUUUCGGAGAGAACAGGCACUUUUUUUCUAUUUUUAAAAUUUUUGCUUACUUUUUUAAGAAUCUGUGCAAUACGUUUUGUUAAGCAUGUAGUACUGUGUAUAAGCUGAAAAUUACAUAUAUGUAUUUCGCUUUUUUACUGAGUUAUGAUCAGUCUAAACUUGAGCGUAACGUAAUUUUUUGGAAGAGAACAAACACUUUUUUCGAUUUUUAAAAUUUUUUGCCUAUUUUUUUUUAAAUUCGUUUAAAAGUACCUUUUGUUAAGCAUAAAGUUCUGUAUAUAAACUGAAAGUUUUUUAUUCAUAUGUUUAUUAUUCAAAAAGUUAUGUGUAGUUUAAGAUUGUGUAAGCUUGAAAAAGAUGGAUUCCGUUUUGAAAUAAUCACAAAUUUUUAAAUUUUCUUUAAAAUACAUUUAGUUUGAGCUAAAAUAAUGUAACAACCGACUGUUGUGUUAGCAAGUACUUUAAUCAUAUACUUUUAUGUUUGAAAAAGAUUAAAAUACGCUUAUUUUCAGAUGCACCAAAGAGCACAGCAGGCGACAAACCCAAGAAGGAGGAGAAGAAGGAUGGUUCCAAAAAGGAUAAAAAGAAGGAAGAUAAGAGCGGCGACGAGGAAGAUGGCGAACAACAAUAUGAAGACGUGAAUGUCGGCGACUUCAACCCACCACCACCACCGGCCUAA